UUUCACUGCUUAUUCUUAUUAAAAAGACAAAUGAUUUUUAUUUGUGUUGCAGCAGAAAAGAAUAAUCUCGUGUUGUUGGUAGGUGGGAUGGAAAACAGAACUCCUCCUUUUUAUUUUAACCUCACCAUGUUUGUGAACAUCAGACACUAUCGCUUGGUGGCCUUUACGUUUUGUGUGCUGCUGUACAGCUUUAUCGUCUCUGCCAACCUGCUCCUGAUCCUGGUGAUAACACAGCACAGAGCGCUGCACCAGCCCAUGUACAUGUUCAUCGCUCUGCUGUCUCUCAACUCCCUGUAUGGCUCUACUGGUUUCUUCCCCAGAUUCCUCAUGGACCUGCUGGCUGAUGUUCAUUUGAUUCCAUAUCCUGCUUGUUUUAUUCAGAUUUAUGUCAUUUACACGUAUAGUUGUAAUGAUUUAACCAUUCUCAGCGUCAUGGCUUAUGAUCGAUACGUGGCGGUUUGUCAUCCUCUACACUAUUACAGAAAAAUCACUCCUAAAACAGUGGUGGUUUUGUCGGUGUUGGCCUGGAUUUUUCCAGCUUUACUCGUUGCAUCAGUCAUUUCUGCAUCUGCUCAGCUUUCUUUAUGUGGCAACGAGAUACAGAAAAUCUUUUGUGCCAACUGGAAUGUGAUUAAAUUAUCAUGUGUUAGCAUUGAUGUUAUCAAUAUUUUAGGCAUGAUUGUGACCAUAACUACGAUUUUCUUUCCACUUUCCUAUGUCGUGUACUCCUACCUACGGAUUUUUCUUGUUUGCUGGAAACAAACAGCAGAGUUCAAAGGUAAAGUUCUGCAGACGUGCCUGCCACAUCUCGUUUCCUUCAUCGUUCAUUGUGUCACGGGAUUCUGUGACAUCGCUUUGAGUCGUUUCCAGCUGGAAGAAAAAAAUCCCUUAGCCGCUGUGAUUUUAUCGCUGGAGUUUGUUGUUAUUCCUCCUGUUUUAAAUCCUCUCGUGUACGCGCUUAAUCUGCCAGAUAUCAGGAGACACGUCUUUGGGUUGUUACAGGGGAGCAAAAGAUGAACAUUUCAGAUGAAACAAAACCAUAGACUGAGUUUAUGGUGUUUGAGUGUGACCAGAACCUCAUACUUGAGUCAAUAUUGUGAAAAAUGUAAUUAUUCUCAAAAAAUUAAAACAAAUAAAUUAUUCAAUUUAAAAAAUGUUUGGCUCUUUUUACAUGAAUAAAUUUAAGGGAAAAAUUAACUUAAUUAUUUUUAAUACAAGAAACAUAAAGUAAGUAAGUAAAAUAACCAUAAAACGAGCCAGUGAAGGCAUGAAAUGCACCCAGGUGCCAAAUUAGAAGUUACAGAUGACAAAUUAAUCCUUACUUUGUCUGCAGAACAGAUAUUAUAUUAUAUUGUGUUACA